GGAGGAUUCCCACCAAUGGGCCGAUGCGGCAGGCAGGCCCCGCCCAGGACAGGUCACGUGACCAGAACCCUGCCCCUUGCCUCUCAUUGGCCGUUCCGUGUUGCCUUUCGGCCGGCAGCAUGGGGAGGUCGUCACGUGGGGGCGGCGGCGGCGGCGGCCCCGGCGCCUCAGGGACUGGCGGGCAUGGAGCCGCGGGCUGCAGGGACCGGGGGUGGCUGGAGGCCAGCAGCCUCGGAGGGAGAGUCACAGUUGCCGCUAGCCGCACGGGCCCUAGAAGAAGAGGCGCCGUCCGAGCCCGAGCCGGAGCCUCAACCGCAAGAGGAGCCGCCCAGGGCAGCGGCGGUAAGGCCGGAAGCCUCCCUCUCUCCCCCCCCCACCCCGCGCCCACCCGAGACCGAGGCGAGACGAGAUCGAGACCGGCGCGGGACCGCCACAUCUCCGCACGGGCCUUCCGGGAGCGGCGCCUCCGGGCCGGAGCUGGGUUGGGAGGUCAACUUGGCCAUGUCUGACCAUUUCUAUCAAAAGAAGGAAGGAGAUGAGGAUGAGGUCAUGAAAUGGAGACCCAAACUAGCCUGUGGGGCCCAGAAUGUGCCCAUCUUAGGAGAAGUUGACCAUCCUGAUGAGGAUGAGGUGCAGGACUAUGGGGACUCUGAGGAAGACUUGAACUGGGAGCUAGAAGAUAGAGUGGAGAACAGCCUCCCUCCAGAGCCAAGGGCUGAGCCUCCUGUCAAGGAGGACUGGGACACUGAGCUGAUAUUGGAUCAAGGGAAUCCGUAUGGUGCCGAAGAUAUCCACCGUGCCAGCAUUCAAGACUUCUGUCUCUGGGCACCUCGGGCCCAGCAAGGAGACUUGAUUUAUGAUCCAAGCUGGCACCACCCAGCCCCCUUGACUCCCCACUAUUCCAAAAUGGUCUUUGAGACCGGGCAGUUUGAUGAUGCUGAAGACUGAUCAGAAACUUCAGGAUGCUUUCCUGCCUUGUGGGCUGGGCCAUGGGGCUCCCCUUGACCUUCUUCCUGUCUAUCACAUUCCCUCGUGCCCGCUUGUGAGGUGGGUUCUCACACUGGGGAAAGGUGUUGGGACAGAUUCUGGAAGCUGCUGCAUUUUUCACAGACUGUUGUGUUUAAGAAGGGAAAGCCUUUCUCUCCAGUUUUCUUUUGGGUUUUGUUGGCACAAUCUUGCCUGCAACAAAGGGUGGGUUCUGUGAUAUUGGAGUGGGGGAGGAUCCUGGAGGGUGAUUUUUUUUUUUCUUAAAUAAAAGUUGAAAAAUCAGAA